CCAGGCCGCCUCGGUGCUUGGGGUGUCAUCCACUCCAAUGAGCGAGCCUCUGCAAACUUUAGUUUGCAAGCUGUUACCUCGGGGAAGGUCCUGUGGCCCCCCAGUGAGGGGUUUCGCUUGGAUUUUAAUGAAACUUACAAGCCAGUGGAAAACGUGUGGGGUGGGGUGCACAAAGCAACUUUCUCAGAAAUCCCACCUUGAGCACCCCUCGUUCCCUUGAACGGUCCCCCCUUCACUUCCCCACCGCUAGUCCAUCUGAGGCUCUAAUGACUUCGUUUGACUCAGACCCUGGCGUCCCCCAUUUUCUCUCUUCCCAGAAGCAGGAAGAGAUAACACGUGAAAGUUGUCCCUGAGCCCCGAGUGAUGUGCUUCCCCUUUCUGUGUCUCUCCCCCCUCAGGCAGAGUAGCCUUCUCCAUCAUCCUGACCCAGGGAGGGAGAAGUGUCAGGAGGAAACUCCUCACCCUAAUCUGCCCCACCACACACCCAUUGGCUCACCUCAUGCCUGAGCCCCGGGUGGGUGAGGGUGAAGAACCCACCCAGCCAAGAUGAAACCUUUCCUGGGGGCUGCUGCUGCUACUGUGUUGCCCCUGAUCCUGGGGCCCUGCAGGUGGGAGACUGGUCCUGGAAGGAGCCCUGGCUGCCGGCUGCAGAGGAGGUGAAGAGGGUUUAAGAAGAGGCACCCAUUCCAGAGGCGGAAGCUCCUUGCCUUCACCCUUGUAGACUUGUUUAGGAGAGAAGGACCUGUUGGUGGCAUUUGCAGGCAGCAGGAGACUGGACAGUAGUUUAACCUGGCACCUAUGCUCCCUUCCCUGGCAACGACAGCAUCAUGAGCCAGUUUCAGGUGCCCUUGGCGGUCCAGCCGGACCUGCCAGGCCUUUACGAGUACCCACAGGGCCAGGUGAUGGUAGGGGGCUUCCAGGGGCCUGGGCUUCCUAUGACCGGGAGUGAGACUCAACUGCGAGGGGGUGGAGAUGGGCGGAAGAAAAGAAAGAGGUGCGGGACCUGUGAGCCCUGCCGGCGGCUGGAAAACUGUGGGUCUUGCACCAGCUGCACCAAUCGCCGCACGCACCAGAUCUGCAAACUUCGAAAGUGUGAGGUGCUGAAGAAAAAAGUGGGGCUUCUUAAGGAGGUGGAAAUAAAGGCUGGUGAAGGAACGGGGCCUUGGGCACAAGGGGCGACUGUCAAGACAGGAUCAGAGCUCAGCCCAGUUGAUGGACCUGUUCCAGGUCAGAUGGACUCAGGGCCAGUGUACCAUGGAGAUUCAAGGCAGCUAAGCACCUCAGGGGCGCCGGUCAAUGGUGCUAGAGAGCCCGCCGGACCAAGUCUGCUGGGAGCUACAGGUCCUUGGCGGGUAGACCAGAAGCCCGACUGGGACGCUGCCUCAGGCUCUGCUCACACUGCUCGCCUGGAAGAUGCCCACGAUCUGGUGGCCUUUUCGGCUGUGGCCGAAGCUGUGUCCUCUUAUGGGGCCCUUAGCACCCGGCUCUAUGAAACCUUCAACCGUGAGAUGAGUCGUGAGGCUGGGAACAGCAGCAGGGGUGCCCGACCGGAGAGCUGUUCUGAGGGCAGUGAAGACCUUGACACGCUACAGACCGCCCUGGCCCUUGCAAGGCAUGGCAUGAAACCACCCAACUGCAAUUGCGAUGGCCCAGAGUGCCCCGACUACCUCGAGUGGCUGGAGGGGAAGAUCAAGUCUGUGGCCAUGGAGGGAGGGCAGGAGCGGCCCAGGCUCCCAGGCACUCUGCCUCCUGGUGAGGCUGGCCUCCCAGCCCCAAGCAACAGACCACUCCUUAGCUCUGAGGUCCCCCAGGCACCUCCCCUGGAGGGCCUGCCUCUGUCUCAGAGCGCCUUGAGCAUUGCCAAGGAAAAAAACAUCAGCCUGCAGACAGCCAUUGCCAUCGAGGCCCUCACACAGCUCUCCUCUGCCCUCCCUCAGCCUUCUCAUUCCACCUCCCAGGCUUCCUGUCCACUCCCUGAGGCCUUGUCCCCUUCUGCCCCUUUCAGGUCUCCCCAGUCCUACCUCCGGGCCCCCUCAUGGCCUGUGGUUCCCCCAGAGGAACAUCCAUCCUUUGCUCCCGAUAGCCCAGCCUUCCCUCCAGCAACUCCAAGAACUGAGUUUCCUGAAGCAUGGGGUACUGACACCCCUCCAGCAACACCCCGGAACUCCUGGCCUGCACCCCGCCCAAGCCCAGACCCCAUGGCUGAACUGGAGCAGCUGUUGGGCAGUGCCAGUGAUUACAUCCAGUCAGUAUUCAAGCGGCCUGAGGCCCUGCCCACUAAGCCCAAGGUCAAGGUUGAGGCUCCUUCUUCCUCCCCUGCCCCAGUACCAUCCCCUCUUUCGCAGAGGGAGGCUCCCCUGCCAUCCUCGGAGCCUGACGCCCACCAGAAGGCCCAGACUGCGCUGCAGCAGCACCUUCACCACAAGCGCAGCCUAUUCUUGGAACAGGCCCAUGAUGCCUCCUUCCCUGCUCCCACAGAGCCUCAGGCUCCUGGCUGGUGGGCCCCACCAGGCUCACCUGCCCCACGGCCUCCUGACAAACCAUCCAAGGAGAAGAAGAAGAAGCCCCCUACCCCAGCUGGAGGUCCUGUGGGAGCUGAGAAAACCACCCCUGGGAUCAAACCCAGUGUCCGAAAGCCCAUUCAGAUCAAGAAGUCCAGGUCCCGGGACAUGCAGCCUGUCUUCCUGCCUCUUCGGCAGAUUGUUCUGGAAGGGCUAAAACCCCAACCCUCAGAGGAAGUACAGGCACCUCCACCUGCCCAGCUCUCUGCCCUGCCUCCUGCCUCCCAGGGUGCUGCCUCCCAGAGCUCUGCUGCCCCUCUUCCCCCAGAACCUUCUCUUGCGCUAUUUGCACCUAGUCCCUCCGGGGACAGCCUGCUGCCCCCUACUCAGGAAAUGAGGUCCCCCAGCCCUAUGGCAGUUCUACAGCCAGGCUCCACCAGUGGCCCCCUCCCCCCUGCUGAUGACAAGCUGGAAGAGCUCAUCCGGCAAUUUGAAGCUGAAUUUGGGGAUAGCUUUGGGCUUCCCGGCCCUCCUUCGGUGCCCAUUCAAGACCCUGAGAACCAAUCAACAUGUCUGCCAGCUCCAGAGAGCCCUUUUGCCACCCGCUCCCCCAAGAAGAUCAAGAUUGAGUCUUCAGGGGCUGUGACUGUGCUCUCAACCACCUGCUUCCAUUCAGAGGAGGGAGGCCAGGAAGCCACGCCCACCAAGGCUGAAAACCCACUCACACCCACCCUCAGUGGCUUCUUGGAAUCACCUCUGAAGUACCUGGACACGCCCACCAAGAGUCUUCUGGACACACCUGCCAAGAGGGCUCAGGCUGAAUUCCCCACCUGCGAUUGUGUCGAACAAAUAGUGGAGAAAGAUGAAGGCCCAUAUUACACUCACCUGGGAUCUGGCCCCACAGUAGCCUCUAUCCGGGAACUCAUGGAAGAGCGGUAUGGAGAAAAGGGAAAGGCUAUCCGGAUCGAGAAGGUCAUCUACACAGGAAAAGAGGGCAAGAGUUCUCGAGGCUGUCCCAUUGCCAAGUGGGUGAUCCGGAGAGGCACACUGGAGGAGAAACUGCUGUGCCUGGUGCGCCAUCGCGCUGGCCACCAUUGCCAGAACGCCGUGAUUAUCAUCUUGAUCCUGGCCUGGGAGGGCAUCCCUCGCAGCCUUGGAGACGCCCUCUACCGGGAGCUCACUGAUACCCUCCGGAAGUAUGGGAACCCUACCAGCCGGAGAUGUGGCCUCAAUGAUGACCGGACCUGUGCUUGCCAAGGCAAAGACCCCAACACCUGCGGUGCCUCCUUCUCCUUUGGGUGUUCCUGGAGCAUGUACUUCAACGGCUGCAAAUAUGCUCGGAGCAAGACACCACGCAAGUUCCGCCUCACGGGGGACAAUCCCAAGGAGGAGGAAGUGCUCCGGAAUAGCUUCCAGGACCUGGCUACUGAAGUUGCUCCCCUGUACAAGCGGCUUGCUCCACAGGCCUAUCAGAACCAGGUGACCAAUGAGGAAGUGGCGAUUGACUGCCGCCUGGGGCUAAAGGAAGGGCGGCCCUUCUCAGGAGUCACAGCCUGCAUGGACUUCUGUGCCCACGCCCACAAGGACCAACAUAACCUCUACAAUGGGUGCACUGUGGUCUGCACCCUGACCAAGGAAGACAAUCGCUGCGUGGGCCAGAUCCCCGAAGACGAGCAGCUGCAUGUUCUGCCCCUGUACAAGAUGGCCAACACGGAUGAGUUUGGCAGUGAGGAAAACCAGAACGCCAAGGUGAGCAGUGGGGCCAUCCAGGUGCUCACUGCAUUCCCUAGAGAGGUUCGGCGUCUGCCUGAGCCUGCCAAGUCUUGCCGCCAACGUCAGCUAGAAGCCAGAAAGGCAGCGGCCGAGAAGAAAAAGCUGCAGAAGGAGAAGCUAAGCACACCAGAGAAGAUCAAGCAGGAGGCCCUGGAGUUGGCUGGCGUCACCACCGACCCUGGCCUGUCUCUGAAAGGUGGAUUGUCACAGCAAAGCCUGAAGCCCUCCCUCAAGGUGGAGCCACAGAACCACUUCAGCUCCUUCAAGUACAGCAGCAAUGCGGUGGUGGAGAGCUACUCGGUGCUAGGCAGCUGCCGGCCCUCCGACCCCUACAGCAUGAGCAGUGUGUAUUCCUAUCACUCUCGCUAUGCACAGCCCGGCCUGGCCUCCGUCAACGGCUUCCACUCCAAGUACACACUUCCCUCCUUCGGCUACUAUGGCUUUCCAUCUAGCAACCCUGUCUUCUCCUCCCAGUUCCUAGGUCCCAGUACCUGGGGACAUGGGGGCAGUGGAACCAGUUUUGAGAAGAAGCCAGACCUCCAUGCUCUACAUAACAGCCUGAACCCGGCCUACGGUGGUGCUGAGUUUGCCGAGCUGCCCGGCCAGGCUGUUUCCACAGACACCCACCACCCCACUCCUCACCACCAGCAGCCUGCUUACCCAGGCCCCAAGGAAUACCUGCUACCCAAGGUCCCCCAGCUCCACCCAGCAUCCAGGGACCCUUCUCCCUUUGCUCAGAGCUCCAAUUGCUACAACAGAUCCAUCAAGCAAGAGCCAGUAGACCCUCUGACCCAGGCUGAGUCUGUACCCAGAGACUCUGGUAAGAUGGGCAGCAGAACACCCUUGCCCGAGGCAUCUCAGAAUGGGGGACCCAGUCAUCUAUGGGGACAGUACUCAGGAGGCCCAAGCAUGUCCCCCAAGAGGACUAACAGUAUAGGUGGCAACUGGGGAGUGUUCCCUUCCGGGGAGAGCCCCACCAUUGUUCCAGACAAACUCAAUUCUUUUGGGGCCAGUUGUCUGACCCCUUCACACUUCCCAGACAGCCAGUGGGGACUGUUCACUGGUGAAGGUCAGCAGUCGGCCCCCCAUCCUGGAGGACGGCUUCGAGGCAAGCCAUGGAGCCCCUGCAAGUUUGGGAACAGCACCUCGGCCUUGACUGGUUCCAGCCUGUCUGAGAAGCCAUGGGGGGUUGGAACAGGGGAUUUCAACUCUACCCUGAAAGGUGGUCCUGGGUUCCAAGACAAGUUGUGGAACCCUGUGAAAGUAGAGGAGGGAAGGAUUCCCACACCAGGGGCCAGCCAGCUGGACAAAACCUGGCAAGCUUUUGGCAUGCCCCUGGGCUCCAGUGAGAAGCUAUUUGGGGCCUUGAAGUCAGAGGAGAAGCUAUGGGAUCCCUUCAGCCUGGAGGAGGGGACAGCUGAGGAGCCCCCCAGCAAGGGGGUGAAGGAAGAGAAGAGUGGCCCAGGAGUGGAAGAGGAAGAGGAAGAGCUGUGGUCAGACAGUGAACACAAUUUCCUAGAUGAGAACAUUGGUGGCGUGGCUGUGGCCCCCGCCCAUUGCUCCAUCCUCAUCGAAUGUGCCCGGCGAGAGCUACAUGCCACCACACCACUCAAGAAACCCAACCGCUGCCACCCCACCCGCAUCUCGCUGGUCUUCUACCAGCACAAGAACCUUAACCAGCCCAACCACGGGCUGGCGCUCUGGGAGGCCAAGAUGAAGCAGCUGGCAGAGCGGGCACGGCAGCGGCAGGAGGAAGCUGCGCGCCUGGGCCUGGGCCAGCAGGAGGCCAAGCUCUAUGGGAAGAAGCGCAAAUGGGGGGGUGCUAUGGUGGCUGAGCCCCAACACAAAGAAAAGAAGGGGGCUGUCCCCACCCGGCAGGCGCUGGCCAUGCCCACAGACUCAGCGGUCACCGUGUCCUCUUACGCCUACACAAAGGUCACUGGCCCCUACAGCCGCUGGAUCUAGGUGCCAGGAGCCAGCGUACCUCAGCGUCGGGCCCGGCCCGAGCUGCCUCUGUGGUGCUUUUGCCCUCAUGCCCGGGGGCGGGUUGGGGGUGCAGAAGUCUCUCUAUAUCUACAUAUAUGGAUAUGCCUAUCAUAUAUAUGUAUUUAUGGUCCAAACCUCAGAACUGACCCGCCCCUCCCUCUCCUACUUCCCCAGCACUUUGAAGAAGAAACUACGGCUGUCGGGUGAUAUUUUUUUUCGUGAUCUUAAUAUUUAUAUCUCCACAUUGUUUUAUUUUUCCCCUUGUUUUGAGGGGCUUUUAUUUUCUCUUUGUUUUUAAAACUUUAUCCUUGUAUAUCACAAUAAUGGAAAGAGUUUAUAGUGUCCUUUCACAAAGGAGCGUAGUUUUAAAUUCCAUUUAAAAUGUGUAUUUAUUGGGUUUUUUAAAGCGACAAUAGUAGUGGUUACAGAUGGGCAGGAAAGGCCGUCAGUGCUUUCUGCCGGGCGAGCCCAGCCUCCUGGGAGCUGCAGGUUCUCCCAGCCAUCUGCCCCCCCCACAAGCCAAGGUUAGCAUGUAGCCCUGGUCCAUCCUUCCUUCCCACAGGCCGGGGAGCCUUUGGGACCACCCCGUUCCCCUCUGUGGAAUGGGAGAAGCUGUAGACAUCUGGGGGCCCGGCCUGGAGAUGCUGGUGUUCGAUGUCCCCAGAAACCAGGUUGGAAGUAGACAGCUUCAAGCUUGCUAGUCUCCACACUGAAUCCUCUCUGUCCGUUAUUUAUCAAGUCAUACGAUGUCCUGGUUCGCUAGGCAGCACCUCACGCUGGAGCAGGAGUCGAGAGGCUCCUAGGAGCCCUUCCCAUCUCAUUGAUAAAGCCAGUGAGUACCGGGCUGAAGGAAGCUUAGUGGCAAUUUUUUUAAAAAAUUGCCCCAAAGUUUGUUGAUGCUGAAAAAGGGCUACUGUAUCUUUGAAAACAAGAAGUUGAACCCAAGCUGUGAAGAGCCAGCGUGCUGUGCGGUGCUGGGGCCUGGUGCUGUGCCGUGUGGUGCCGUGUGGUGCCGUGUGGUGCUGGAGCCUGGUGCUGUAGUAUUGUGCUGGGACUUUCCUGACUCUCAGGGCAGGUGGCAUCCUGCCAGAGCUCAGCAAGCCAGUGUGAUGGCAGGUCACUCAUCCUUAUUCCUGGAUCUUCACAUGGGACAAUGGUGCAGUCCUUCUAGCCCUGCAGGGCAUGGCCUACACUUCAUUGAAAGUGCAAGCGUCAGGCGUUUUCAACAGGUUGCUAAUGCUUUCCUCCUCUGAGGAGGCCAGUUCUCCAUUGGAUCUUUCUCUUUUCCCUCCUCCUCCACCUCCCAUGUAACACACCCAUUCUAAAAUCCUGGUGCAUUCAUUUAGAUCUUUGAAAUGAGAGUGUUGGUGCUUUAAUUUCUGUGACAUUGUUGAGAGAGGUUGGGGCUAACAGAUAGAAGGAGCGGUGUUGGUCUGCAGCGAUUCCUGGAGUGUUCAUUUUCUGAUGCUAUUAGCCAUGUUCUGUCGCUGCUCGUGUGGACGUGUGUGGUGAGUGGGGGGCUUCAUCAGGACACACACAGAGUAGCAGCCAAUCCCCGAGACAGCAGUUAUCAAGUAGUUCUAGCCAGGUGUGGUCUUCAUAAACUGAGCGUAGCAAUCCCAUGACAAUGCUGAAGGCAAGUCCGAGUCCCCAAGCUUUGCGGUGCCUUGUGCCAGAGCUGAGAGCCGAGCGGCUGGGUGUUGACUGUAGCCCUUCGGAAGCACUGGCAGAGAGUGGCUAAAAGGUGUCCUGAGCAUUUUUGUGGUCUGGUUUUAACUGUAAAUAGUGAAAGAUUUUUUUAAGCACUUUUGCCUAGAUUUAAACAGCAACUUGAAAAGAAUAAAAAGUACAUUUUAACAUGUAAUUGUGGGAGAAACUGUAAAUAGUAGCUGAAUAUUUAAUGUGCUUUGUCAAUCCACCUUUACCAUAUUCUGUAAAGUUGCAAUUAUUUUACAGGACAGAAAAAUGAAAUAUUAUUGCUUUUGAAAUAAAUACCCAAGAGCUUAUCAGGAUUUAGAAUUAUUCAGAACUCAGAUUUAUAGGAAAGCCUCUGACCUGUUUGACAAACUAAAGGAGUCAGAGUCUUUGAAGGCGCAUGCUAAUUUUCUAGUUUUGAGGGAAGUUGUGUCCUUUAAAAUGCUAUUUUGCUUAAUCGCAUCAGUGCUUUUACGCAGGUCUCAUCUGACUCCGUGCUUAGGUAGAUGCGGGGGUGCCUUGAAAGACUUCAUUUUAAAUAAUCUUAAAUAUGAUAUUUUACAAAGCAUUUGGAGAAUGUGACCGUGUAUACGGCCCGUGGAAGCCCCAGGUUGGCUGUUGGCUUGCAAGGUGUCCCUAGUGUGGUCCAGGCGAUUCUGAUGUUGGCAGUGUGUGGAUCUCUGACGUGUAUUCAGUAUGCUCCAACCCUCCUCACCCUUAGGUAGUAAAGCCAUUAGAUGAAUGGAGAAACCAGUACGAGCUAAAAAGCAUGUGACGUCCAUCCCCCAAGCCUGCACAGCCUUGGUUCAUAAGCUCUAGGCCAGGAAACAGGCUGCUGUGAGGUGAGGCAAGAGGCGUUCUGUGUUGGCCUUUCAGGUCCUAGCGAGCGCUGUUUGAGGGCUCAGUGCUGUGGCUGUGCUUGAGCCCAUGCUGAUUUUCACACACUACAUGUAUAACCUACCUCAAACCUGUCGUUGAAAUGAGCAUGCUUUAGACGUGUAUUUAAGACGAAACUAUGCACAGUUCCAAAUCCCCACCCCUUGCUGCUGAAGGCUUCUUAAAGAGAAAAAUCAAAAUUUUUAUUUUUUACUGGCACUAUCAUUUUUUAAGUCCUGAAGAUGAUUGACAAGAAGUUUUUAUCAUGAGAAGAAAAAAAUAAAGCCAUUGCAACUCAAGAACCUGACAGCAUGAGCGAGUUUUAAGAGUACCAUUAUAGCAAGGGAGAUGACGGCAUUGGAGUCCACUCCCAGUGUGCCCAUCCAUGGCCACAGUCUACAUGCAGUGCAAGCGUUUGGUGCCCCCCCCACACACACACACUUGUUUUGUUUUGCUUUGCUUUGUUUUCUUCUCCCUGCCUGCUGUGUGCAAGAGGACUUUCGAAGUUCUAUCCCACGAGAUUCUCCUUUAGAAUAAAAAUCAUUUUGCAGCAGGUUCUCCCAAAGUAACUGGUGCUAGCUGGAGAAACCACCUGUCAGUAGCUCCACUGAGGGUGUCACAUGGAUUGGAGGGUUCAGUUUUGGGGUCUGUAUUUUAGCAGGGCCUAAGCGCCCAACCCCCCAGACCUCCUGGGUGCUGCUUUGCCUAUUCGCUGAGGUGAUCCUGGAGCAUGGGAAAGGGAUUCUGCCUUCUAUGGUCCCCCUACCUGCUCUUGGGGAAACAGUAGUUUGCAAAACUAGGGGUCUGAGUGCUAGACGGAAGAACAGAAGGAGCAGAGCCCUAUUGCUUCGUAGCUGAUGGCAGUGGAUGUGUGAGGGUGGUUGACAGUAGCUGAAAACCUAUUGUCACAGAGCGAGGAGACUGUCUUGACUGCCUCAAGAUGUCAAAGCAAGCCCAAGCUGGUGGAAAACUGAUAGAUAAUCCCUGACGUGCCUCAACCUAUCUCCUUCCUUUUGUUACUGAAGUGUUUUCUGGACUCGGAAGCAUUUUUAUGAAUUGGAAUAGUCUAAUAAAUGGUGCUAUGGUGUUUCAAUGUGACUGUCCCUGAUCUUGUCUCCCUGAGGUGCUAUCAACGUUUGAAACCACAACCAACCAAAAACAAGGUGGGCUCUGUCUCUCAUCUUUUCUUUUCCUUCUCUUUUGGUGCUGUCUUUGUAGACCUGUUUGCCGCGCUGUGUCUGCUUGGAGCAGUGUUCUGGCUUUGUUUUUUGUUGUUCCCCUUGGUGGCCAAAGCUAGGCACAUGGAGAAGGCAGCUUGCUCCUUAUAAGGACAGCAGUGGCUUGCCUGGCAGGGUGGGCGCUGUGGCUUUGUGCUAUCUUCUCAGGCCAUAUUAGAAGGCGGGUGGUGGCUUUUAGGAAGGAGAGUCAGGGCCCCUGCCUCUUCUAGUAUGGCAGGUAUUCUCCUGUGGCCCAGGGUGCUAACCCCAGAGUGGACAGGCCGAGGUCCAGGGGAAGUGCCUUCACCUGGCCCCGGCAGGGAUGGGACGGGCAAGCCUUUGGUUCUUGCCACUCACUGGUAGCUCCUGGUGCUGAGACUAAAGGCAGGUGCUUUCAUUGUCCCUCAAUACCACCAAGGCCGCUUUUAGUUGGUGCUAAACUUCUCCUUGUGUCCACAUAAGCUGGUGUAAAUUUUAAGAACUCGACAGGAAGCUCCAUUUUUACAUCAUUCACUGUCACAAUUUUUUUUUUUUAAAUACCUCACAAACAGGACAUUGUGACAACUUAGAUUCCAUGAGGGUAUGUUACCUGAAGGUUAUCCAUUGGAUGACUUCCUUGACCUUGACACCGCUGGGGUUAUUCUCUCUGCUCAUUCUAAAGCAGUUAAUGGCAGAGUGCCUAAGGGAAGGAGUGUGGUUGGAUUUUUUUUUUUUUA